UCCGGAACUUAAGAAUGGGGACCGCGGGAGGAAGAUUUUUUCGGUUGAACGCUGUUUCGACCGGUUAUUUGAUGUAGAAUCAUGUCGGGAGUUGGCGUGCUGUGUCGUGUAGGAUUGCGACGGUUGUUACCUGGAGGCAUCCUUAAUUCAGUUCUCGGGGCAGCGGAGGCUGCGGAAGUUGGAUUUAGACGACAGGAUCUGUGGUUGGUCACAGCUCGGCAUAUUAUUUACAAUAGCACAUGGUGGGAUGAGCAUCUUUCAGAAGAAAAUGUUGAGUUCCUUAAGAAACUUUCAACAGAAGAAUAUAAAGCUCAAACUGCUAGUAAACUUUGUCCUCUGAAAGAUGAGCCUUGGCCUCUGCACUCAUGGGAGCCAGGUUCUAAAAGAGUUGGUAUUAUUGCAGUAAAGUUGGGAAUGAUGCCAUUAUGGACUAAGCAGGGUAAAAAAAUACCUGUCACAAUGCUUCAGGUUCAAGACUGCCAUGUUAUUAAAUACACACCCAAAGAAGAAUUUGAUGGGAAAACUCCCAGUCUAACUGUUGGAGGGAAAAAUGUGUCUGAAUUCCAUAGAAGUUCUUCUAUCAUGAAAAUGUACAGAGAACUAGGGCUCCCACCAAAACAGAAAACUUCAAUAUUUCGAGUGUCGCCUAAUGCUGUCAUUAAACCAGGUACACCUCUAUAUGCAGCUCAUUUCCGCCCAGGGCAGUAUGUGGACAUCACUGCUAAAACAAUUGGCAAAGGUUUCCAAGGAGUCAUGAAAAGAUGGGGAUUUUCUGGCCAGCCUGCUUCCCAUGGCCAAACUAAAACACACAGACGACCUGGAUCAAUUUCUAGUUCUGGUGUUGCAAAGGUCUUCAAGGGAAAGAAAAUGCCAGGACAAUUAGGAAACUUCUAUCGGACAGCUAACGGUCUAAAGAUAUGGCAGGUCAAUGUGAAGCACAAUAUUUUAUAUGUACAUGGAAGUGUUCCCGGUCAUAGGAAUUGCUUAGUAAAGGUCACUGACACAGUUUUACCAGCUUACCAAGAUAAUCUUAAGAAUCCACCAUUUCCAACAUUUUUUGCUGAUUCUGAAGAGCUGCCUGAUGAGCUGUAUGACGAAGAGAUUUUCCAGUUCACUGAAGCCUCCAUUGCACUCUCUGAGUCCUAAAGAAUUAAUAGCUAUUCUACCUUCAGUCUUCAGAACUAAACAUGAAGCCCUCAUUGAAGGGCCCUAUGACUUCCUUAAAACGGUGUCCACAUAAUGCUGGACCUUUAUUGAUUUCCAGAUCCACUACUAAAUAAAAAAAGUUAUUUGAAACUGUAGAGAAGCAUUCAGUAACAUGUUAACAAAUUAAUAUGAUUCAUAUAAUAAAUAUAUAUUUUUAUGUUGUAAUUUAGAAAUAUCUGCUGGUUUGCACACACCACAUUUCCUAUUGUGCAAAGACAUCUGUCUUUUUAUGACACAUAUCCUCAAGUCCUUUUUGGUUCAACAGACAACAUCCAACAGCUGAAAAGAAAUAGACCUGGCAGGCUUCCACAAUUGCCUAAAGUAUUAUGAGAUUGAUAUACAAAUUCAAUAAGAGUCUGUGUCAAUGAACUUAAUAGGGCUUGUUUCUUAUUAAUGCACACAUUUUUUGUUAUGAAGAUGUAUUUUGCUUUUUGCAGAACGUGCUUAUUUCAAUACAAAACAAUCCUCAAAUAUGAAGGAAAAUUGCUUUAAAAUUAUCAAUAUCAUUUUAAAAUUGUUUUCUCCCUAGUCAUUCGUAGGGUCACCCAAUCAUUGGGGUGUGCUUUCUUACUGAGAUAGCUGUCACACUUUUUUUUUUUUUGAAAAACAAUUUUUUAUUUCAAAUAAAAAACAUAAAAGUAUCAUCCGUUCAAACAUUUACAGACAGUGUAUCAAUUGGUUAGUAUCCUUUUGUGCUCACAAAAUCUUCAAAAUAUCCAUAUAUGACACAAGCUUCUUUUCCCUGAAGACAAAUUUUUACACAUUUUAUCUUAACUUCCACUUCAUAUAUCAUAUUUCAUCUCCAUAUUUUAUUAUCUAUCCAAUGAUAAAAUAAACCCCAUAUCAAAUAAUAUUGAUUGUCUUCCUGUUCUUUUAUUUCAAAUGUCAGUUUAUUCAUUUCAGCAUAAUCCAACAUUUUCUUAAUAAUUUCUUCAGUAGGUAUUUUCUCUCCAGUUUUUAGCAAAUACGAUUCUAGCCGCUGUUAAAAUAUUCACAAUUAAAUAUUGCAAUUCUCAUAUGUCUCUGGUAAGAUCCCUAAUAAAAAUAUCUCUGGUUUAAAGUCAA